AUGUCCUCCUCCUCCUCUAACCGGAGGCCUUAUGCCCUUCGGCGAUCUCAACGUUCUAUGAAUCUUAAUCAGGAAACCUUUUUCCCUCCUUCUUCAACUUCCACUAAUGCUUCUCCAUUUUACUCUCCUCAAUCUCCAUCGGCUGCCUCUUCUUCUUCCACCGCUAGACCAUCUCUCCACUCUUCUCCGUUUUCUCAUCCUUCCCAAAACACCUCUACCAUGAAACGUUCCUACCUACCUCCCUCUACAGUUUCUCCUUUUGCCCAAACUGCUGUUCCUUCAGUUUCCGACUCUUCUACUACCCUUGCUUCUACCUCUACUUCCUCUCCUUUUUCGCUCUCUUCUCCCUACAAGUUUUCCGGAAGUGCUCCCAAACGCACCUACUUUUCCUCCUCCCUCGCAAAAGGUGCCUCCUCUCCUCCUCCUCCCUCUCUCCUUUCCUCUCCUGCUAAUCUUUCUCCUUCCUCUCCUCCUUUUUUAUCACCCUAUCGCACUCCCUACACUCCUGCACAAAAACUUCGGAAAAAGGAUCCUUUUUCAUCAAUCAAGCAUCCUUCCAAUAUGUCCGCUUCCUCUCGGCCUUCUUCCUUUUCCCCUUUCGCUACUUCUUCCCCUCAGUUCGUUUCUACUUCCACACCCGGUGCUACUGCUGCCGCUCCUCCUCCUCCCCGCUUUCCAUCUCACUCCCAGCACCUUCCCUCAUCUUCUUCCUCCUCCUCCUUUUUUUUCCCUUCUUCACAUGCUUUUACUUCUCCUCAAAAGUCUCCUCACCGUUUCUCCUUUCGCCCAGCUUCGUCUUCAGCAACACAUUCUCCUCCUGUCUCCCUGCCGACUCCCAAACGUCCAACCCCUCGUUCUUCUUCUUUUCUGUUUGGUAAUUCGAAUCCUGCGCCUACUCCCUUUUCUUCCUUAAAACAUAAUGAUUCUCCUAAUUUUCACAAUCAAUCUCGUGAUUCAUCCUCACAUACUGAUUCUAAUUCAUCUUUUAAUUCCACUUCGACCCUUUUUCCCAAUGCGACUCUCCCAAUCCCAAAUCCUAGUCAUAAUCUUUUUACUACCCCGUUUCAACAAGUCAAACCUUCCUCUCAGGCUUUUCUGAGUACGGGUUUGCUUUCCAAACAAAGUAGGCCUCGGAAAACCUUUAAUCUCUCUACUCCUUUACCCCCAAGCACACCUUCAAAACCUUCUUCUAUUUUCCGCCCUAACAUUAAUUCAGCCGACUCUCCUCCAUCUCCUUCUACACCUUCUAACAGCAACUCUGCGUCUUUUUUCUUACAAGGACAAAGCACACCUACGCAUCAAAGCUCUUUCUCUUCCGCAAAACUGGGUAAAUCAUCUAUGGAUUUUUUGAGAUUUGAACCUCCCUCGUCUACUGUAAAACAACCGCCUGAUUCCCAAUUAAUUGAUCCUUCUACUCCUACUCGUAAUCCGUUUGAUUUUGAGAACUCUUCAAUGUGUUUGGACGACAUUCAUUCAUCUGCUCAACACCGCAAUAACUGUGAAAUAUUAGCCGAAAUGGAAGAGGAAUCUGCAAUUUUGGGAAACCCAUCCAUUGCAAACUCAAAUUUAUCCUUUCCUUCUGCUCUUACCUCAAAGUCCCCUGAGUCGCCUGCGGAUGACUUACAUAACCGGUUUCGAAACAUUACUUUGCUUGGGAGAGGUGAGUUUAGCGAGGUCUUCCAAGUUGAAGAUCCUUUGGAGCGAUCUUUAAAGUAUGCGGUGAAGAAGUUAAAGGUGAAGUAUAGUGGACCCAAAGAGAGGAAUCGUUUGUUGCACGAGGUUUCUGUUCAAAGAGCGCUUAAAGGACACGAUCAUAUCGUUGAGUUAAUAGACUCUUGGGAAUUUAAUGGGUAUCUUUUUAUGCAAGUCGAGUUAUGUGAGAAUGGUAGUCUUGAUAGAUUUUUGGAAGAGCAAGGUCAACUUUCUCGAUUAGAUGAAUUUCGAGUUUGGAAGAUUCUUGUAGAAUUGGCUUUAGGACUGCAGUAUAUCCAUCAUAAAAAUUUUGUUCACUUGGAUUUGAAACCUGCUAAUGUCAUGAUAACGUUUGAAGGGACAUUAAAAAUUGGUGACUUUGGAAUGGCAAGCGUAUGGCCAGUUCCAAGAGGUAUGGAACGAGAGGGAGACUGUGAAUACAUUGCUCCUGAAAUUUUGUCCAACCAUAUGUACGACAAGCCUGCAGAUAUUUUUAGCCUUGGGAUAACUGUAUUCGAAGCAGCAGCGAAUAUUGUGCUCCCGGACAAUGGUCAAUCCUGGCAAAAGCUCCGUUCUGGAGAUCUUUCAGAUGCGCCGCGGCUUUCUUCCACCGAAGGCUCUAGUAAUACUUCAUCCUCUCGGGAUGUACCGUUAAACAGUAUAAUUGGACAAGGAGGACUCGACCGUGUUGUUCAAUGGAUGUUGGCACCAGAACCACGCAAUCGACCUACAGUAGAUCAAAUAUUAGCUACUCCAGAGGUUAGUUGGAUAGAGCUUCGAAGAAAAGCCGGAGCCAUCAUUUAUGAAGGACUUCAUGGAUCGUCAUCUGCUCCUCAAAGCGAUCAAAUGAUGGAAGACUGGCAAGUCAAUGUAUAAUUGCUUGAUGGGAUUACAGGAUCGUUUAUGGUUAUUUAUUCUUUUCAAUAAUUUUUUAUUACUUAUUCGGUGAAGUUUAGGGUCAGAGCAUCCCUAACUUAACCUAGAAGAUAUACACUUGUUUUAUAUUCAUGCUUUUUUAUAUAACAUGUAUACUAUGAACUAAUAUAAGGGAACAACGAUGAUUUUUGGCCUUUUUUUUCUACCAAACAGAUUAUUUCUGAAUGUAUUUUUGGGAUGUUUUUUAUUAGUUUUAUUAUGAAGGAAACGAAAGGUUGAGCUAAUUUUUUUUGGAUAUGGAUAAGAUGAUCGGUGAUUCUGGUUUAGAAUUGUUUGUAAAUGUUACAACGGCUUUUAAAAAAAACCCCUCCAAAUGGUUUAGAGUAUACAGUUAAUUUGGAUUUUUCUUCUCUUGCUGCGUUCCCCUUUUUUGGAAAGGUUUAUAUAUAUAUCUACAUUUUUCU